AUGUCUUUGGUGGACAGUACACCUGUGUUCGAAGCAAGGGCUAGGGCUAUUGGCAUCGAUGACCAGGUCAUUACCCAAAUGGGAUUGCGUGGAUGGGUGUCACAUGCAACUUAUGCUUUCUCAGUUGCAACGACGCCGGGUGGAGAUGAACAGAUCUUUGCAGACGGUGUCAUCACACCAUUGCUUGGGAACGCUGACCAUAGAGACGCUCCAAAGCUUAGGAGAUUGUUCUUCGAAGCCCACACCUUGACCGCUGCCGAGAUGAAACGCAAGGUGGACUCGACAGAGCAGGAGGCGCCCAGGAAACUUCCUGCGCCCGAAAUAGCCCAAAGGAUCGAGUUGCUGCAGGCCAGAAUUCACCCGUUGAUUGUGGCCAACUUUCUGGAACCGUCACAUCACUUGAUCAAUUCGUUGGUGCAGUGCGUGGAGGAUGGCAGAGUGAGGUAUUUCCACAUCUUCCCCAAUACGUACGCACGAUCUCUUGUCAUGGCAACGCAAGAGAGUGUAGGAUACCUGUCGAUCCACCGGAACCUCAUUCAGAUUGAAGAGCAAUGCUUGGAGUAUCAGUGGUUCCCCAUUGUGGGAGACUGGAAUCCUCACCUUCUGGCCCUCAAAUCCAUCGCAAAGUCCCUGGCCACCUAUCACCGCAAGAGCCAACUCGUCCUGGCUGAUGACUGCACGAUAGAGGCAAUCGCCCCUGGGCCGGCUCCAUGCAUGUUCAACUCCGGAUUCUCUCAGAGUGUGGAGAAACUGUCUCAAAUUGUCGAACCUCCCUUUGAUGACAUAGUAUCCAUCCUGUGCCUUUGCUUCAAGGUCCAGAAAAUUCGAGAUGUCACAUUUGGAAAUUGUGCCCUUGUGAUCCACGACCAUCUGCAGAAUGACUUGAAGAUAUGGAAAGCUGACAGCUCAGGUGCUAUCAGGGCCACGAACAAAGACCCUGCUUUGGCCGCAGUCUUGAACACAGAGCUCGAUGUGCACCACGCACUGAGACGACGUGGAGUGGCAUAUGAGAUCGCUCAGGCCACACGUGCGGGUUUCCGCAACGGCCCGGCUGGAGAGUUGCCCCUUGACUUGCCAGCCAAAGCUAUCUUGGAGGGCCCUGAAUUGAAGUGGCUCGCCAAAGCGGCCUGUGGCAAAAACACAUCAUGGCGAUGCCCCUGGAAAGACUUCACAGGAUGCAGAACCCAAAAGGACCAAGGUGGAGCCAAACAAGAACAAACAAGAGGCACUCCGGAUCAAAAAGUUGAAAAGGACGCCUAUGCCGAAGAAGCUGGCCGGCUGUGUGCCUUGCAACGAGCAGAUGGCAAAGAGGGCGAUGAGGAUCGCCUGGUGGCAGACUCACGAAAGCGUGUGUCAGCCGCCCUUUUUGAAGGCAGUGGAUGCCUUGAGCAGACGUUGGUUGCAAAGCGAAUGCGCUCUGCAACGGACACAACUGAGGCAAAAGAGCCUCGGUCUUUUUGUGACAUCGCUGAAGAACAGUCGAGUCAUACUGGACCUGCUGCCAAUCAAGAAGUUGAUGGUCGGGCAGGGUCGAAUGCAACAACGCAUUCAAAGCAACUUUUCCUUUUGGAUUUAUUUUGUGGUACAGCUGGCGUGGCUGCAGCGUUUAGAGCAAUGGGUGGAGAGGCCCUGGGAAUUGACCACAUAAUAGACAAGAGAAGGGUCAAAGGACCUGUAGCGAAAGUAGAUUUGUCAAAGCAGGACGGCCAAGCUACAGUCUUGCAGUGGAUAGAGGAGGACAAGGUGGACGCUGUGAUGCUGGCACCGCCGUGUGGAACGGCGUCAAGAGCACGUGAAAUUCCACUGCCCAAACGGCACAAGCUUAGGAAAGGGAUGCAACCAGUUCCGCUCAGAUCUGAAGCUGAGCCAAUGGGUUUGUCUAGUUUGCGCGGAGUUGCAAAAAUCAAAGUUCUUGCUGCCAACAAGUUGUAUGCGUUUGCAAGAAAGGUCAUGGAUCUCUGUGAGAGAAAAGGUUUACAACCCCGAGGAGCCAGGGCUCCCUUGCUGGUGGGUGAUUUCAAAUUCAAAAUCGACAUCAAAUCAACUGAUGUCACCAUUCCCGCGUCCAUCGAGGACAAUGUGCACGCUCCAUUUCAGGGCCUCCCCUUGCACUCUAAGUUGAUUUCUUCUCGAAUGGUAACUGAAGUGGGGGAGAAUGGCGAGAAGAAGGUUUUUUCCCUGUCGUCAUAUGGUGUUUUUCAUUCACCCUGGGAGUUUUUGGACAAGGCCCUAACGUUAGAGCACCCUUUGGACAGCCCUCAUACAGUGGACAAGAGCAACCUAAAGGCCAUGGUGUUCAUUAGGGACCACACUAAGGCGGAGGUGUUGAAAUUCAGGGCCCAGCAGCUAAGAAGAUAUACAGAGAGAGCAGCCCAGCUCUCCAGUGAGGAGAACAAACUCAAGAACUCGCUGGAUCCCGAUGUCAGACGCGUGCUGGAGGGCAAACGACUGCUUCUAUUCAAGGAGAUGGCCGCAGAUGCCAAGGUUGGUGAUGAGAAUCUCUUUACAGAGUUAAUCGAAGGCUUCAAGUUGACAGGUCAGAUGCCGGAGUCAAAGCAGUUCCCUGCGCGCCUCAAACCUGCCAUGAUUUCUGUGCAGCAGCUCAAAGACUCUUCAGUGUGGGCAAAGAAGAUGAUCCAUGCGUCAUGCAGACGAGUUGGUGCAGACCCUGAAAUAGCCCGGGCUGUAUAUGAGGAAACCCUUCAGCAGAGGGCAGAUGGCUGGGUGAAAGGGCCUUACACCUCCUCAGAAUUGGACCAAAAGUUUGAUGGUUGCUGGAUCCCGUCGAAAAGGUUCGGGGUGAGACAAGGUGGAAAGAUACGGGCGGUCGAUGAUUUUUCUGAAUUUUUGGUGAACGCCUCUGUAACGGCGACCGAGAAACUGCAGUUGUUUGGACUAGACGAGGUUGUCAACACAGCGCGUACCUUCCUUGGUUGCGACUUCUUGAUGAUGGAUGAUGAACUUGACAACUUGUGGUGCUCCGAACGGGUCAGAUUCUUCACAGGGCCCUGGCGAAAGAUAUUUGGAAGGGCGCUAGAUCUGAAGAGUGCUUACAAGCAACUUGCCCGGCAUCCAACUGACAGCUGGGCAGCCAUCCUUGCGGUUUGGAAUGAUGAUGCUGGCACAGUCGAAUUUUACGAGUCAGUCGCCCUGCCGUUCGGGUCUGUAUGCGCUGUGAUGGCGUUUAAUAGGAUGGCAAAGGCAUUAAGGCUGAUUCUUUCAGAGCUUUUCAUGGUGAUCAACACAAAUUUUUUCGACGAUUUUUGUCAGCUUGAGUGCGAAGGUCUAUGCGAUUCAGCAUGGGAGACAGCAGAGUUUGUGAUGAAGCUUUUGGGCUGGCGCAUUUCCAUGUCUGAAGAUAAGCGCUCGCCUUUCGCUGGAGAAUUUAACCUUCUUGGAGCGGUGGUUGACCUGACGCGGUCUACAGCUGGGCUUGUGGCGGUUCACAACAAACCGUCUCGAAUUGCUGAUUUGCAGAGCCUGGUUCAAAGCAUUUGUCAAAGCGAGACAGUCGCGCUCUCGCUGCUCGAAACCUUGAAAGGAAGACCCCCGCUUAUCAUAUUCACAGACGGAGCUUGUGAGGAAGAUGGCCUGUGUGUGACUCAUGGGGCUGCCUAUUACGACCCUGAAUCACAUCAAGCCUUGAUGUUUGGUGACUAUGUACCAACUUGCUGGACAGACAAGUGGCGCACAGAAGGAAAGAAGUUGGACGUUGAGUUACAAGCAAUGCACUGGUACACUCGAGUACCUUCCAAGUCGAAUUUGAGCGAUGACCCAUCUCGUUUGCAAUUCUCUGAACUCGAAGCAAAGGGCUUCAAACGUGGGAAGCCACCGUCCUCUCUUCCUCCACGCGUGCGCCUCGCGUCCCUGCGUUUCGCGCUUUGGAAGUUUAAGGUGGCGGUUCCAGAGGGUUUGGAAGCCUUGAGAGGGUGGAUCUCCGAAAGCUUCGUGGUGGAGGCCCACAACAACAAGAGGAGCCGGCAGAUGAUUAUCGACAAGAUGUUUUCAGACGCUUUGCUGCCACAUCUGGAGGACUCUUUCAACGACACCAACUCGGAAGAGCUCCAAGAUGCACCGCCCAGGAAAUUCCUGGAGCAGCUGGCCCUGAUGCUCUGCAUUUUGCCGAUAGACGAACAGACCAGAACCUUUGGCCGCGUUGGUCUUCACCCAAAUGAUUCCGAGGAGACGUUGCUGCUGGGGAAGUGGAAAAUCCCGUGCCACGAAGGCAUGUAA